UUCCGCAUGCAGCCUGCCCUCGGGUCUCCUGGAGUCUCCCCAGGUCGGGCGCCUCAGCUUUGGUGAGAGUCACACGCGACACACCCUCUUACUCAGAGACGAAUCGCUCUGUUGCCUCCCCUCGCUGACCACAGGUGCUCCAGGGCUCUUUCUAAAGGAGACAGCUAUUCCAGCCGGGAGGCUGGAGUCUCCCGGCCUGAAGGCCCCGGGGUGUGAGGGAUGGGUUUGCCUGGAAGGAAAGGAAGUGGCCGCGCGGCUUUAAUCAUCGGGGCUAGUCCCCGGCGGGCCUUGGGGGACAGGGAAACUGGAGGCGGCCUUAAAGCGGCGAGAUGAGAGGUCGCAAGAGGAGCUGCAGAGUGAGCGUGCGUCCAGCUUCUCGCCGCCAAACCGCCCUUCCGCCACCCUUUGCCCUUAAAAAUCUGCAGACUGCGCCUCCUCUCCGAGGGAGCGAGACCUAGCAGGCCCGGGGCUGGGCGUGCCCUCGCCUGCCCCGCCGCGCGCUGCCCUCAGCCGGGCCGCUGGGGGCCGCGCAGGGCGGAGACAGUGCACCUGGCACAUUGCGCCCGGCAGGCGGCGGACACCGAGCCUCAGCGGGAGGUCCCGGCGCAGCUUCGCCAGCGCGCCCUGGCUCCAGCCCACCCCUGCUGCAGCCUUGGCUGGGCAGCCGCCGACACUGGACGCCCCCCGCUCCCCACUUCGCCAGCGCCUCCUCCCCGGCUCUGCUCCGGGCGGUUUGUAGGGACUCAGCUCUCCACGUGCAAGUCUGCGAAGCGGCACGCAACAGGCUCCUGGAAAGGAGAAGACACCAGCAUUUGCCACAAUGCUGUCAUCCACUGACUUUACAUCUGCCUCCUGGGAGCUUGUGGUUCGCGUUGAUAAUCCCAGUGAAGAAGAGCAGAAAGAUGUCACACUGCGAGUGUCUGGAGACCUUCAUGUCGGGGGAGUGAUGCUCAAGUUAGUAGAACAGAUCAGUAAUUCAUGCUCCCCUUGCCUUGCAGCAAGUCCUGGUUUAUACAGUAAAACCAUGACCCCCAUAUAUGACCCCAUCAGUGGAACACCAGCAUCAUCCACCAUGACUUGGUUCAGUGACAGCCCUUUGACGGAGCAAAACUGCAGCAUCCUUGCAUUCAGCCAACCCCCCCAGUCCCCAGAAGCACUUGCGGAUAUGUACCAGCCUCGGUCUCUGAUUGAUAAAGCCAAGCUCAAUGCAGGUUGGCUGGACUCCUCACGCUCCCUUAUGGAACAAGGCAUCCACGAGGAUGAGCAGCUGCUGUUACGAUUUAAAUACUACUCUUUCUUCGACUUGAAUCCUAAAUAUGAUGCUGUCCGAAUAAACCAACUCUAUGAACAAGCCAGGUGGGCCAUUCUCUUAGAAGAAAUUGAUUGCACAGAGGAAGAAAUGUUGAUCUUUGCAGCUCUACAGUACCACAUUAGCAAACUGUCAUUGUCUGCUGAAAUACAGGAUUUUACAAGCGAGUCCGAGGUUGAUGAAAUAGAAGCAGCGCUUUCUAAUUUGGAAGUAACCCUAGAAGGUGGAAGAGCAGACAGCCCUUUGGAGGACAUUACUGAUAUCCCUACACUUGCAGAUAAUCUCAAAUUAUUUAGGCCCAAGAAGUUACUACUAAAAGCUUUCAAACAGUAUUGGUUUGUCUUUAAAGACACAUCCAUAGCCUAUUUUAAAAAUAAGGAACUUGAACAAGGAGAACCAGUAGAAAAACUAAAUCUUAGAGGCUGUGAAGUUGUGCCAGAUGUAAAUGUAGCAGGGAGAAAAUUUGGAAUCAAGUUACUAAUUCCUGUGGCCGAUGGUAUGAAUGAAAUGUAUUUGAGAUGUGACCAUGAGAAUCAAUAUGCCCAGUGGAUGGCUGCCUGCACGUUGGCAUCGAAGGGCAAAACCAUGGCAGACAGCUCCUACCAGCCAGAGGUCCUCAACAUCCUUUCAUUUCUGAGGAUGAAAAACAGGAACUCCGCGUCUCAGCUGACUUCCAGUCUCGAAAACAUGGAUGUGAACCCAGAAUGUUUUGUAUCACCACGGUGUGCAAAAAAACACAAAUCUAAACAGGAGUUGGUUAAAAGUUGUGCAGAUGAGCUGAUUCAUGUAGAACGGUUGUCUGUGGACACUCCACAGACCUCAGAAAGAGAGACCCCAGAGCUCUCCAGUGCUGCCAACUUUAGAAGUUUAUGUGUUGGGAAGCAGUUGCUUCUCUUAACUAAUAUUGCAAUUAUUUUCAGAUUUAAAGGAAGCAAGAAAGAUGAAAUUCUGGGAGUUUCAUAUAACAGGUUGAUUAAAAUCGAUGCCGCCACCGGGAUUCCAAUGACAACAUGGAGAUUCACAAAUAUCAAACAGUGGAAUGUAAACUGGGAAACCCGGCAGGUGGUAAUUGAGUUUGACCAAAACGUCUCUACUGCGUUCACCUGCCUGAGUGCAGAUUGCAAGAUUGUGCACGAGUACAUUGGGGGCUACAUUUUCUUGUCCACCCGCUCCAAGGACCAGAAUGAAACACUUGAUGAGGACUUGUUCCACAAAUUGACCGGCGGUCAGGAUUGAAGCAAGCACGUGCCUACUCGGCUCACACCAGCAAGGACAAACCAAAGGCGCCUCUCCCCAGAGGGAUGGGAUCCAUGACUUGCUCAGCAUGUAGAUGCUGGACUAACAGACAAUAUACGUUCACCUCUGGUCACCUGGAGCCUCACCUUAUUUCAAACCCACUGGGUUUUUCCCUUUUGGCACAUCCCUUUCCUUACUUUACCCUGUGCUACCAGGAAGGAGCCUCUCUUGUUUUUUCUAUAAAACGGGUGCGCAGGAGAAAGGGAGGUGCCCUAAGAUUGCUCUAAGGCCCAGCCUGUGGUUACAGAUCUGUGACUUGCAGAACCUGCCAGGUGUAUGGCUAGAAGUUGUCCUUGUGCUGAUGUGUCUCAUUACUAAGUCAGUGGAGAAGACAAAGGUAAAAAUCAUGUAUCUGGUUUACAUCAUAAAGUACAAUUCUCAUUUUACAAACUCAGGUAUGAAACGAAACUCCUGUCCUUCAUGGAGCUGAUUUUAGCUCCUGUCUUUUCAAAAUGGCUGAGGGAGUUCCUACACACACUUUUUCCCUGGAGGCCAAGUCUAGGGGUAGAAAGGGGAGGGGCAGGGCUACCAGGUAGCAGUUGACGACCAAAGGCCUGAGCAGUGGCCCUCAGUGUCAUCUGUCCACAGAGCUAUCUGCCAAGACGACCACUGACCCACACCUGGUCUUGGUUGUUGGUUUCAGGUUUCUCCUGCCACCUGCAAGCCCCAUUCCGUUCCUACAGGUCUCUCGGCCAUCUGUAAGUCCUUUGUGAAGACGUGGGUGACACGAGGGUACAGGAAAACCCAUUCCUCAACCCAGAUCCACGUCUCAACUGCUUCUACUCUGCGUUGGCGUUCAGGAAGACAGGCACAGUUCUCUCUAACCAUAGAAACACCUCCCGGCAUCAAGGAUUCCAGUCAGGUCUCUAUCCCAACUGAUCAGGGAGAGAAGGGCAGACCUAUUGUCAAAGACCACCAUGUCCAAGCUCUGACGGCUCCCCACUGGCUGCCACCACAGGGGCUUUGGGCUGGUCUGGGUCAUGGGGAAGCAUCCCUCUUACUGCUGGUCAGAUACCAAAUCUCCUGGAUUUGGCAUCUAUGUUGGUACAACUCCUGGCCUUUUCUCUAAAGGCCUUUGGCUUUUAUAAAUCACAAGCCAGUAAUACAUCCCCCCCGCCCCCCUGCCACCGCUCUGUUUUUUGCUGUGUCAUCUCUGCCUUGAGACCGUGCUUGCCUUAAGAGAGUGAGCCAAUUAACAGCUGCCUGAAUUGUCAUUUUCCAUUUCGGUUUGUUAGAGGUGGGAGGGGUGGGUUUUGAGAAGGUUCAAAGCAAUACCCAAAGUAAAGGGAAAUAUCAGACAAGAUGUUAUCAUUUUUAUAGAUGUUCUCCUGCCACACAAAGAAUUUGGGCUGCAAGGAUAAGGCAAAGGCUCCAAUCCUAUUUCUCCUAGGAUGCAUUCUUCAAGAGCCUGGCCAGAGUUCCGAGGCCCGCGAGCGUCAGCUGUUAUUUCCCAACAAAGCCCUCUGACAAAUGAGACCUCAGCAGUUCCGGGAGCCACGUAGAGACAGCCUUGGCGAGGGGACCCGAGGUCCUGAGCCAGCAGCUGCCAUCUGGAAAUUCUUCUUUUAGCCUCUCCUUAGAGGUGAAUGUGAAAGAAGCCCCUCAGGCACCCGCUGAAUUUCUGAGGCCUUGUUAAAGCUCGGAAGUGGCUUAGGCAUUUGGGAAAUGCGGUUUACAUCAUAAAGAACUUGAAUUGAAAUGUUUUCUAUAGAAACAGGUGCUCAGUGUACUGUGUUAUACUUGGUGUUGGUCAUUUCUCAGUCCCGGGCUCUAUCAUUUUAGAACCUUGUCAGUUAUUUAAGAUUAUAACUGGCCCUGCAUUAAAAUAAUGUAUCUUGAUGUCAGAUUUUACCUGUUUGCUGCCGAGAACAUCUCUGCCUAAUUCACCAAAGCUGGACCUUCAAUUCAACGCACUUCCUUGGCUUUUCAUGGUUGUCUAACAUUUCCAUGAAAACAAAGAAACUAACCGGUUUUGCCUUGAGAGAGUGAGCCAAUUAGCUGUAACCAAACAAAGGAACAAACUUUGUUUGGUUACAGCAUUCAGGGGAGCAUUUUUUCUGUGACACACAGCAACAUCCCAAAGAAAUAAACAAGCAUGACAAGAAAACCCUAAAUGCUACCGUUCCAAAAAGCAACUUAACAUCUUUUUUAUAUUGCGUGCAAAAGGUCACCCAACUUCCUAUGAUGAAAUUUUAAAUUAAUGGGUGCCUUUCGGCAUCAUUUGCUUCCUUAUCUACACUAGAGUCAGAAAUCUGCAUUUUUUAUUCUUUUAUAUGACUUGUAAUUAAAAAAUGUAUAUAGAUUUGA